UCAUCAUUGAACCAUUCAGCACUCACAAUGUUCAACAUUUAUAAAGGUGAGGCCAAUCCAUCAUUCACAUAAUCACAACAUAACACUCUUAUCCAUACAAUCUGCUUCAAGUCAAUUUAGUAAGUUCCAAAAAUGUAUCCACCACCAGAACAAGGAAAGCCAACAUACAAUCAACCACCAGCAGCAGCCACAGGUAUUCCAGUGAGCUACAACAGCACUACAUCGGCGUACUCCGGUGCCUCAUCGGAUUACGCGCCUCCUCCUCCGCCUAAACCUCUAGUUGAAUGGUCCACCGGUCUUUGUGAUUGCUGCUCUGCCUCAUCUGACCCUAGAAAAAGCUGCAUAACGUUUUGGUGUCCAUGUAUCACUUUUGGCCAAGUUGCAGAAAUCAUUGACAAGGGAUCCACUUCAUGUGGUGCUAGUGGGGCUUUGUAUACAUUGAUUUGCUGUGUGAUUGGGUGUCCUUGUUUGUAUUCUUGCUUCUACCGGUCAAAGAUGCGACAACAAUACGGUUUGAAAGGAAAUGAUUGUACAGAUUGCUUGAUUCAUUGCUGCUGCGAGGCAUGCGCCUUGUGUCAAGAAUAUCGUGAGCUUGAAAACCGUGGAUUUAACAUGGUCAUUGGGUGGCAUGGAAAUGUUGAGCAACGGACUAGAGGAAUAGCAAUGGCUACAACUACAACAGCUCCAGCAGUUGAACAGGGCAUGAGUCGUUGAAGUGAGUGAAGAUAUCCAUAUGUAUUUUGUGUGCUUCAUUCAGUGAGUGUGUUCAUAUAUAAUCUUUGUGUUCAUCUUAUCUUAUCUUAUUUAGUACAAUAGUGUCUGAAAUAUGAGGAUUCUUGUGUCACUGGUAACAAAAAUAAGAGUUGCUAAUGUAAUGUAAUCAAAUAUCAAACAAAUGUAAUCCACUCACCAUGAUUUCUCUAUGUGUAGCUCAUCUAUAUAUAGCACUUACAUUUAUUUUUUAGAUUCAACCAUUUUGUUA